GGCGAUCGUCCAGUCCGUGCAGCUGGGCGUGUCCAGUGCUUCAUGUGUACGUAGAGUCACGUCGAGGACCAACCAGCACCAUGGCGCCUAUAUUCAGCACCCUGCUCCUCUUGCUAGGCGUUUUCACAUGCCUCGCUGCUGCUCAAGAUCUCCAUCCCAGCGGCGCAGGGGGUCCCAGCAAACGAUGGGUGUCCAUCUUUGCGACGAUGCCGCAACUCUGCGAACCUGCAAACCUCCCGCCUGCUCCAUUCAACGAUAGUGGCAGCAAGUUCUACAAUGCCACCCUCAGACAAACUUUCAAGGUGACACAGACGGCUUCGAAGCUCCGCCUCCAGAUCUCCAAUGCCUUCGGGGGCUCGUCUCUUCCCAUAACGGCGGCCUCGAUCGCGUUCCCUGCCAACGGCUCGGCCGGCACGUCUGCCAUUGACACCAAGAGCCUCAAGACACUGUCCUUUUCAGGACAGCCAGGCUACGAGGUCCCCAACGGCGCUCUUGUGCUGUCCGAUACGAUCGACUUCCCCGUCAAAGCCGAGUCCAUCGUCACCGUGUCGCUCUACUUCGCCAGGGGCCAGCCGUCCGAGUCCAUCACCGCCCACCCUGGUAGCCGCACAACCUCGUACAUCACGUUUGGCAACCAGAUCUCCACCGCAGACUUUGUCAACUCGUCUUCAAACACCGUCACCCGCACGGACCACUGGUAUUUUGUGUCUGGACUGGAAGCCGAGGCCUCUGUCCCGGGAGCAUCGGCACUGGCGAUUGUUGGCGACAGCAUCACCGAUGGCCGCGGCAGCACGACCAACCAGAACAACCGCUGGCCCGACAUCCUGGUGUCCCGCAUGCAAAAGGACCCGGCGACGCGCAACAUUGCCGUGCUCAACCAGGCCGCGGGCGGCAACCGCAUCCUGCAGGACGGCCUGGGCCCCAACGCCCUGGGGCGUAUCGACCGCGACGUGCUCGCGCAGCCGGGCGUCAAGUACGCCAUCAUCUUCGAGGGGGUCAACGACAUCGGCACCGCCGCGACGGAUGCCGCAACGCAGCAGGCGACCGGCACGCGCGUGAUUGCCGCGUACGACCAGAUGAUUACCCGCCUGCAGCGGUUUGGGAUCAAGGUGUUUGGCGCGACGAUCACCCCAUUCACGGGUCCGGGCCAGGUGUACGGUGAUCCGGAGCGGGAGAAGACGAGGCAGCGCGUCAACAAGUGGAUCCGGGAGAGCGGGCGGUUUGAUGGCGUGGUAGACUUUGACCAGGUCGUGCGGGACCCGAAUGCUCAAGAUCAGCUGGACGUCAGGUACGACGUUGGGGACCACCUGCACUUGAACCCGGCUGGCUAUGUUGCCAUGGGCGAGGCGGUCGAUCUGAGACUGUUCAGGCCGUAGUAUCGAUCUUUGUCAAGCUGCUAGUCAUGAAUGUUACCAGGGGGAAACGCUGACGAUGGCCCUCCUGGCUUACAUUUCUAAAGGCCGCAUGUUUCGGAUUGUUUCAAGAUGGGCUACUGUUACCCGAUUGCGGACUCCUCCAUCACUCUGGCAACUCUUGAAUUUGGGGGCAGGCGAAGAAGAGUUGCUCCACGGCAGGGUCAUGAACCUGCCUUCGCGUGACAUGGGAGGAAGAACCUCGUCAUAUUGCGUCGCCACCUGGUUGUCUUGAAUGAUCAGAGGAACACUGACAACUAUUCUGACACGAGUGCAAUUGUGAGAUGUAGCCAUGUUUCAUCGACUCGUCCGAGAACUUCUCUCGGGAAGGAAUACUUGAGCAAAGUUACCACAGAUCCACUGUACCAUUUAUCAAGCAGAACUAGUCGCAGCCACAAUCGUCAAUCUGCGACACUGGACUCGACCUGCAUGCAUCCAAGAUUACCAUC